AUGGAGAAUUUAACAGGAGAGGAUAUAUACACUUGGUGUAUGCAAAUAGAGAAAAAUCCUAAAAAGUGUAUAGCAAUAGGAGGAAAUUUCUCUGAAUUUUCAGAUGAAGAAGUCAUUAGAACAAUUAUAGACAAAUUAUAUGGGGUUAAAAGACCUAAGAUUGUGGAUAAAUGGAGAGAGGAAAUAGCCAUAUUAAUAGAAGCUGAAAGGGAGUUAGAUCCAUGUAUGAUACCAAUGAUGAUAAUGGCAUAUGAGGAAAUUGGGAGGCGGUGGUAUAUUAUCUGGCCUAAGAGAACAGAUGAGGAGGCUAGUAAUGCACACAUAUCCACUUCUAGGGAUACCCCUGAAAGGGAAAAUGCAAAUAGUAAUACACAAGGAAAUGGUGCAAAUGUAGAUGGGUCACAGUUUGAGACAAUGGUAGAUAGAGUGGUUACCCAGUUAGAACGCUGGCACUAUGAAGGGAGCUAUAGGAGAUUACGAAUAUUUUCGGGGAUAGUGCCUGUACCACUAGGUGAAGAAAUGUACGAGUCCUGGAAGGAAGCUGCUGUUCAGCAAGCUGAGGAAUGGCAAUGCCCUGAUCAAAUAAAAAGGCAAAGAGUGGUUGAAAGCCUAAGGGGGCCUGCCAUGGGAAUAAUACAGGUAGCUAGACGAAGUAACCCACAAGCUACUCGAGUCGAGACAUAUUUUGAGGCUCUAGAUUAUGCCUAUGGCACAUUAGAAGAUGUAGGGGAUUUAACAUCUAGGUUGCAUCAUACGUUCCAGGAACCUGGAGAAAGUUAA